CUCUCCACGUGCUGGUGGAUGGCCCUCUGAGCAAGCGGCCUUCACCUCCCCAUCGACCGCCGCGGCACGAGCAACGCAUACUGCAUCCAUGCCCGACGAACAACUUGCUGUGCCUCAUGCGGACGUUGCUGUUCAGAGCUUCAUCUCCUCUGCCUCCCCCUACCUUGGACGAAGCUGUUCGACCCCUUCUUCUUCUUCCACCUCCGUCCGACCCGGCGCAGGAUUACUCGUAGAUGGCGGAUGGUCACCGCCAUCUUUCGCAUCUCUUUCCGAAUCCCCUCAGCGGUAUUGCUAACGACCAACUCACUAACGGGCUCUUUUUGAACUCGGUCCUUACCAACCUCGUUGCUGCCCAGCCAUCGUUGCUUAACAAGACCGCUGCUCACGGCUCCGCGAGCCAAAACCCGCGCGGCAUGUACGGCCAGAACCACCAGCAGGGCCACAACUCCCGCAUCAAUGGUGCGCCGGGCCGGCAGCAGGCAAUGCCCAUACUGUACAACUACCCGCAGCAGUCGGCCCACCCACACCAACCCCACACGCAGCACCACCAGGGCAUCCAGCCCGACCAUGGCGGCCAUGGCGCCGGUGCGGCUCUCAUGGGCCAUUCGGCCUUCUCGAGCGGUGUCUUGCCGAAUGCUAGUCCCUAUUCGAGCAAUCUACCAAACGGUCACGCAUCCACACCCAGGGGAGGUCAAGGGCAGCAAAUCUCGGAACACUGGGCAGAACAACUGCGGCUGCAUAAGGAGGCCGAACGGGCACAUGCCGCGAUGACAGAGCAGCACCAGCCCCAUUACUAUGCAAGACUCAAGGCAGCUGAGAAUCGAGGCAUUGGCGGCGGUGCUCUCACCGGAGGGGAUGCAGGUCCGUCAGUCGACGGUGAAGACGACAGGAGACGGCCGUGGAGUCUGGAAAAGGUCAACAAACGACAGGAUUGGUACAAUCUGGACAUGAGUGGCCAAGGACUGCGGGUCUUGACACCCCCGCUAUUCGCAUAUGAGUUCCUACAGGAGCUCUUCAUCGCGUCUAAUCGUCUGAUGUCUUUGCCCCAAGAUAUUGGGAGGCUGCGGCAUCUACGUCAUCUCGACGCGUCUUACAACCUUAUAUCUGAGCUCCCCCCGGAGAUUGGCAUGUGCACCAACCUCCGUUCUCUUCAUCUUUUCAACAACCAAAUCCGCGAUUUGCCCACGGAGCUCGGAUCGUUGUACCUUCUGGAAACGCUUGGCAUUGAGGGCAACCCCAUUGACCCGUCCCUUAAGCAAGAAAUCAUGACCGGUGAUACAAAGAGUCUGGUGAAUCUUCUUCUCCAGAAAGCCCCAGUGCCUAUGCCGCCCGCCGACAGGAAGCAGGUCGUGGUCCAAGAGGACGUGUCGCCAAUCCUGGAACGGCUCUCCAUCCUGACUUGGAACAUUCUCUGCGACAAGUUUGCCACCCCGACGCUGUACGGCUAUACACCGCCUACCGCGCUCUCAUGGGAUUACAGGAAACAGAGAAUCAUUCAGGAGCUACGGGAGAGAGAUGCGGAUAUCUUGUGUCUGCAAGAAAUCGCGACAGACGUCUUUCGCGACUUCUUCAGCCCUGAACUAGCCCAGGACGGCUACAAAGGGGUGCAUUGGCCGAGACCUAAGGCCAAGACGAUGUCGGAGAAAGAUGCCCAGGCCGUCGACGGAUGCGCCGUGUUCUACAAAGCUAACAAGUGGAUUUUACUGGACAAGCAACUCCUUGACUACGCAAACAUCGCUAUUAACCGGCCCGACAUGAAGAACCAGCACGACAUCUUCAACCGGGUCAUGCCGAAGGACAAUAUUGCGCUCAUUUGCUUUUUUGAGAGCCGGCAGACGGGUGCGCGGGUCAUCGUGGCUAACACCCACCUGGCCUGGGAGCCCACACUCGCUGACGUCAAGCUCGUGCAAACGGCAAUUCUGAUGGAGAAUCUCACGAGGCUUGCCGAGAAGUACGCCAGGUGGCCCCCGCUGAAGGAUAAGAAGAUGAUCCAGCUGCCGGUGGAAGAGGGAGAAGAGCGCGCCGACGUGCCCGAACCUGGCCCGUCGCAGGAAUACAGGAACAACACGGACAUCCCGUUGCUCAUAUGCGGUGACUACAACUCAACCUACGACAGCAGCGUGUACGAGCUCCUGUCAAUGGGACGUGUCGCGCCCAAUCACAACGAUUUUGGCGACCACCAGUACGGUAGCUUCACCCGGGACGGUGUCGAGCACCCCUUCAGCAUGCGCUCGGCCUACGUCCAUCUCAAUGGCACGCCUGACGAGCUUACGUUCACCAACUACGUGCCCGGCUUUGCCGAGGUGAUCGAUUACAUUUGGUAUUCGACCAACACGCUCGAGGUGGUGAGCCUGCUUGGCCCGCCUGACCGCGAGCACCUCAAGCGUGUGCCGGGGUUUCCGAAUUACCAUUUUCCCGCGGACCAUAUCCAGAUCAUGGCCGAGCUGGUGAUCAAAGCAAAGAAAGACAAAAAGGCGGUGCCGGAACCGGAUUUUGGGUCGGGGAGCGGUGACCGAAGGGGUUGAGGAACGGCAGCUCCCGCCACCCGUUCUCUCCUUGGAAGGCAGUCAUCGUUAGGGGUCUUGUCUCUUCAUCCUUGGUCGGUUUCGUUCGAGCAGGGGUUUGGUUGGUUGGCACGAUUGGGCAGGCACGGGAGUCUUCUUACAUAGAACACG